CAUCAUCCAGUGCGCUCGUCGCCCGCCUAGAUUCCCGGGUCGUGUUUUUGGCCGUUGGCUGUUGAUUACUUCCACUAAGAGGAUGAGAGCGGGGUCGAGAGGCAGGGUUUGAGGGGCGGCCCCAAUAAGGGGCUGGGGCGGGCCUCCCUUGUCAGCUACCCGGCCGCCUUUCCCCAGCUUUGGCCUCCGGACCUAAGCCUGCGCAUAGCCCCUUUUCGUUCACGCCUGCGCUGAUAGGAAGGGGGGCGGGGGGUUGGGCGUGGUGUGGGAGGCGCGCCUGCGUAGACGGAAUCCCUUCCGCAGAGCUGCGCCUGCGCGGAAGUGGCGGGUUGUAUCCGCAAAAAUGAAGUCGCUGCUGGCCCUGUGCGCUGUGCAGGUGACCCGGUACGAGACGCUGGCGUGCCGGGCUCUGGCCUCCCUGCCUCGGGAACUGUACCCGGCCCUAUUCCGGGCCGCCUUCAUGAACGGCCGAACGCUGGUGCUGCAAGCGCUGGUGCAGACGUGGCCCUUCCCGUGCCUCAGCUUCCGGCAGCUGCUCCCGCAGCCCCAGCAGAUGGGCUGGCCUGAGAAGCCCCGCAAGGAGAGCGUCCAAGCCGUGAUCUUGGCGCUGCUCGCGGCGCCGCGCAGGAAGCCCCAUCUUCGAGUGUUGGACAUGACUGGUUUUCUGGAUGCCAGCUGUGGACAGGACCCUACGACCAUGAGCAUGUGGGCUCGCUCAGUGGCGGUUGCAAGGACUUGUCUCAGUGCCCAGACUCAGGCCAGGGCAGCUCAACGUUUAGCCAAACGCCGCAAACUGGAGCCUCAAGUACCUGUUGCUAGUCCUGUGGAAGUGCACACUGACCUGCUAGUGAACCGAACUUCUUACAGUGUCCUGAAGGAGGCUCUCCUGACCAGCACUUGUGGCCCCCUUCGCCUUCGCUGCAGGGACCUUUGGGCUGAGGAGCUGUCAGGUCCUAGUACUGUAGCUCUUUUGGAGUUGCUGGAUCCGGUGUGCCUGCGCCAGAUAGACCUACGGUUCAACAACUUGGGACUUUCAGGCCUGUGUAUGGUCGUGCCCCACAUGGCCAAGUUCACCCACUUGUUGAGCCUGAAGUUACAAUACAGUAAUGUGGAUGUGCGGCGGCUCACCACUGAAGCCGAGGGCAGCUUCCAACACUUUGUUUCUGCAGUUGGACAAUUGAAAUGCCUCAAGGAACUCAACAUGGGUUCCUCUCGACUCUCAGGCCGCCUUCAUCAGCUCCUUAGCGGCCUACAGGGCCCUCUGGAAAGCCUGGAACUUCCCUUCUGUGCCCUUCUUUCUGGGGACUUGAGUUACUUGGCCCAGAGCCCCCAUGCCACCCAUCUCAAGAAGCUGGAUCUCAGUGGCAACAAACUGUCUGGUGACCUCCUGGGCCCCUUUCAGAAACUACUGAGGGAAGCCUCAGCUUCCCUGCUGUGUCUGGAUGUUACAGAGUGCCAGCUUAUGGAUGUCCAUCUUGUUAGUACCUUGCCCACUCUAUGUUCCUGUACCCACCUCCGCUACAUUGGUCUCUAUGGUAACCCUAUUUCUAGUGCUGGACUGAAAACCUUGCUCCAACACUUACAGGCCUUGCCUGAGCUUCAGCUGGUGGUACACCCAGUCCCUGUGGAUUGCUAUAAGGACCUGCCCUGGCCACCGUCUUCAGCCAGUCUCUUAGAGGGUACUGUGGAUGAAGAGAAGCUUGCCAGUGUGCAGGCUGAGCUGCAGCAGUUGAUAGACACCAUACAGCGCCGUGAUGUGCUAUGGACCAUGGACAUCUAUGGCCACAACAGUUUUGACUAUUUCAGCCUGUAGAGAGUGUAUGUGUGAAUGUGUGUAUGUGUGUGUGUGUGUGUGUGUGUGUGUGUAGAGAGGAGAGGAGUGCAGGGAGAUCAAGAGGCAGUAUUUCCUCUGCUUUGCUAUUGGUGUAAGAUUAUCCUAAGGUGGCAAGUAAAAAAGUGCCUCUUGCUCUGAGUUUUGGCAGAACCAGAAUGGGCUACCUACUCAGUAUGUGCUCCUAGAUGGGUUGUGUUUCAAGGGUUAUAUUUUUCUACACCCCUGUCCAUGAUGACAUGGACAUGACAGAAUUGUUUUUCUAGGCCCUGAAGUUCAACUUUCAAGGGGAGGAGGUCCCUUUUCCUGGGGGAAGAGGGGGUAUUUGUCAUUCUAGGACCCAUGAGUCAUUGUGCAAAACCUGAACUUUUUGGUCAUGACCCCAUCAGUCCACCCCAUCACCUAUCACAGACAAUCACAGACCACAACACGAAGAAAAAUAAAGGCAAUACCAAUGUAAA